AUGUUUUAUAUUUACAUUUCAAAGAAAAUUGUUGCAAUAACUGGUGUUCAAGAAACUUCGUGCAAGCUUUGCCUCAAAACUGUAACCGUUAAUGGUUUUGAGGUAAUAAACAACGUUAUUAGAGAAGGUCUUUUGCUGAAAUUGAAAUUUGAUAGCGAGGGCAAAGACGUUAUAUGUAACGUUUGCAGAAGAAAGUUCAACGCAGCAUUAGAAUUUAAAUCAACUUGUCUGAAUACCGAUUAUACAAUUAAUCGAUAUGUGGAUAGCGAAGAAAUAUUACAGCUCGAUAUAAGGGAUGUGUAUACGAAGGAAAAUACAAGCGAGUCAAUAGAUAUUUCAGAUAGUCAGAAAAUAUGUCGAUUGGGUAUGCACCCGGUAGAAAGUGAGUUUAGGCACAUUUGUGAAGAGGAACUUGAAGCUAUCGGGAAAUUGGCUCCUGAAAUGAAUAUAAAUAUCAUCAAAGAUCCCGUUGUAUGUAAGGAAUGCUUUGAAUCUGUGUGCACCCACAACAGUUUCCUAAAAAAUUGCUUGGAAGUACAGGAAAAAAUUGGAGGUAUUUUUAAUAGCGCAGCAACAGAAAGUCAGAUAGAUACGUCACCAUCUGAUCUAUUUGUUAAGACUGAAUACCAGGACAAUGAAUUCGAUAUCAAGGAGAUGGAAAUGUCAAUCAAAGCUGAAAGUAUCGACGUAAAAUCGGAAGAUCAGGAAAGGAGCGACUCGCUACUGCAGAGCUCCAAUAGUGAAUCAUUCGAGAAGAGUGUCUUUAAAGAUGCCGAAAAGGAUGGAUGUAAACAUGAGAAUAGAUCAACAAACCAAUAUAAUACAAAAGUCGAGCAGGAAUUUUACAAAUGUGAUAAAUGUAUUUACAAAUCUGGAAGCGAAACCCGUUUUAUAGAAGACCGUGCGAGACACGGGAACGAUUCGGAAGCAUAUAAAUGUGAAUCGUGUAAGUACGAAACAGAAAAUAAAAAAAUAUUUCAGAAACCUGGGUUGAGGCAUGAAGAUCCUUCGGAAAUGUGUAUGCACCGAUGCGGAUCACGUGAAAAGCGAUUGUACGAGUGUGACUUUUGUGAUUUCAAAACAAAGCGGAAGGUCAGUUUUAAUAGUCAUUAUAUAAAACACAAAAACUCAAACAAUUGUGUAGAAUUAACGAAUAAGGACAUUUCACAACUGCCCAUUUAUAAAUGUGAUAGUUGCACAUACGAAUCAAAGAUUAAGACACGUUUUACCAAACAUCAGUUGAAACUAUACUGUUGGUUUCAUGAUAAAUUACGAAUAGUCACAGCACAGCACUCUCUACUGCUAGUGAAGUGA